AUUCAGUACGAGUCAAGCAGUCUUCGGCGCAUCCAGCAAACGCGGUUCUUUUUUAAGCGCGUUUUCGUAUUAUUCUACUCAUAUGAUUUAUCAUUUGCGUCGCUAUAUGAUUUCUCCUUGUUUCCGUAGUAUGACAAGCCACUACUACUAAACAAAAAAAAACACAACCAAAUAAAAAACAACAACAACCAACAUUAGGCAAACGUUUCAAGAUCAAGCGGCAGACGUGGGAGAAGUCGCAGGACCUCUAAACACAUCCUUGCUGGCCAAACGAGAAAAAGAAAAAAAAAAGGCCGUGAGACAGCGAAAAAUUCGUGGGAAAUACCGGCAUACACAACCUUCACUCAGUCAGUACGUCCCCAAAAAACUUUUUUAUAUCUUUUUGUAUAUGUGUGUGAGUGUAUGAGUGAUCGCAAGUGCAGGAUAACCAGAAGAAUCCUUCUCAGACCUUUGAUAAGCUCAAGCCCGAGGUUUAGAGAUUCGAACCUCAAGAUAGACCCCUAAAUUGUGCUCAGUGUCGAUCCACAAAAACCAAUUCAGAGCGUUUUAACACAAAAGUCUGCUGGCAGCAAUCAACUUUAGGCCGAAAUUAUCAUAAAAUCUCGAUCGAAAUCGUUAAUGAAAAGAACAGAAAUUCCAUUCAACUAUCAUCUGGAUUUUCCACUGUUUCAUUUUGUGUUGUUGACUGAUACGAAGAUCAAAGAUAAAAGACCAAAUUCGAUAAGGAAAAGCAAUUCUCCCACACAACAGAGUAUAUAAUAAAAGUAAUAAUAAUAAUAACAAUAUUAAUAAAGUAUAAAGAAAAUAAUUUUGAUUAAAACAUACCUUUGUUUUCAAUAAGUGUGCGCUAGAUAGAAUCAUAUAUAUAUAUAUAUCUAAAUAUAUAUACGUAUAACAUUUGAUUACCUUCGUCGGUGAGUGUCUAGCCAAUCAAUCUAUAGCCUAUAGGAACCAUACAUAUAUAUAUAUAUAUAUACCACAAGGUUUUAUACUGAAUUUAUAAAAUUUUGGGUAAGGGCGCAGUGCGCAUCGAAAGGCCCCAUCAAAGCAUCAACACCAAACUCAAUAUAAACUAACAAAUAGAAAAAAACAAAAUACCAUAAGCAAGUGUUUUUUUUGUCGCAUAUAAAUAAAUUUACAUAUUUACACAUACGAGACGGAAGUUAAGCAAAAGUAAUAUUAAAAUAAAGACUUAAAUUUCUCAAAGAAAUAAAUAUUUAUACAAGAACAGGCGAUGAAAUAAGAAGAACAAGUAAAAAAAACGGACUUCCAACGAUUUCAAAAUACGACGAAAAAUACGAAUUACGAAAUAUUUUUUAGAGCAAGGACCCUGCAAACAAAGUAUGAUAUGACUAAAUCUACGCAAAUCGGUUAACAAAAAUAUUUGCCAAAUCUAUGUAUUGAAUCAAAAAAAAAAAAACAAAUAAAUAAUACGGAAAGAAAACCGCAUACUUAAUGACAAAUUGAACGUCGAGCUACAAGAAUUUAUACGAAAAACAAAGGCGUCGCAGAAAAAAAAAACAAAAGAAAAAACAGCGAAGCAGGAAAAGUGCAAAGCGGAUUUAUUGGAAAAGCUGAGGGGGAAAAUCGAGAUCAACGGCGAUCAGCGUUAAAGUGAUAUUUUAUAAAAACCGAAAAUAUCAGUUAAGGACAACGACUUAUAAGAUUGAGUGAAAACGAGCGAGCAAUCGAACAGCCAUCAUUUAUCAGAGGAAAGAAACGGAUCACCGAAAAAGUGGGAGAUUUUUUAACCGCAGAGGGAAAAGCAAACAGACGAGGCAAAAGGAAAUAAGAAGGAAGAGUCAACAAAAACCAAACACCACCAAAUAAAACCAACUACUAUUAAUUUAACGCAAACAUUAACGAAUAAUCAUAUUCAAGCGGUAUAUAUAUAUAUAUACAAGAGGAUAACGGAUAACACAACUAACUAAAUAUAUAUACGGUAUAUGAAUGUAUAUUUGAAAACCAAAGCUAAGUUCCAGUCAAAGAAAAAACCAAAAACCAGCGCAAAUUUAGCAAAACUAUAAUAGAACGGGGAAAAAACCAAAUUAUUGCUAUCUUUUUGCAUUUUUGCAAUUUUAUAAAAAAUAACAAAGAAAACGAAAAACAAACAAAACCAAAAACCCACAACUAAAGAUCAUAAUAAUCUUUAAAAUUCGGAGAAGCAAAAAUAAUACAAGAAGUAAACACAUUUAGCAAAAUUUACUCUUUUAUCUAAACGAAAAAAACAAAAGAAAGACAUAAGAACAAAAAAAAAACACACAAAUCAAAGUAAGACCUAAUUCAAGCAUAAAUUAAAUUUUAAACGUUUUAGACAGAGAAAGAGAGCGCUCUAAACUUAACUUAAAAAAGAAAAUACAUUUUUUUCGCGAUCGUAGUUGAUCUAAAACCCCCCAAAAAAUCUGCGAAAAAAACCUAACUUUACGAGGGACUUGUGCAAAGCGCUGAAAAUCCCCACCCCAAAAAAGGCGCAGCUCUAACUUGUAAGCGACUACCAACCGAGCAGUGAGAUUAACUACUAACCAAAAAGGACUAAAUCAGGACCGGAGCGGGAACAGGAUCAGAACCACAAUCACAAUGACCAACGCCAUGGACAUUGUGAAGAACGGCAGUGCCAACGGAUCCGUGGAUGGCAGCAAUGAUGAGUCGCGCACCAAUUUGAUUGUCAACUAUCUGCCGCAAACCAUGACGCAGGAGGAGAUGCGAUCGCUCUUCUCCAGCAUCGGUGAGCUGGAGAGUUGCAAACUGGUGCGUGAUAAAGUCUCAGGUAAUUUGGUCUUGCCAGCAUCGUUGACCGCUCUGAACCCGGCACUGCAGCAAGGUCAGAGUCUGGGCUAUGGAUUUGUUAAUUACGUCAGGGCCGAGGAUGCUGAGAAGGCUGUGAACACCCUGAACGGUCUGCGUUUGCAGAAUAAGGUUAUUAAAGUAUCAUACGCCCGUCCAAGCUCAGAAUCUAUUAAGGGUGCUAAUUUAUAUGUAUCGGGUCUUCCGAAAAAUCUAUCACAACCAGACUUGGAGGGGAUGUUUGCUUCGUUCGGCAAAAUAAUUACAUCUCGUAUACUCUGUGAUAAUAUUUCUGGUCUAUCGAAGGGUGUCGGUUUUAUUCGCUUCGAUCAGCGCAACGAAGCCGAGCGGGCCAUCCAGGAGUUGAAUGGCAAGACCCCGAAAGGAUAUGCCGAACCGAUCACCGUCAAGUUCGCCAACAAUCCGAGCAAUAGCGCCAAGGCCCAGAUUGCCCCGCCCCUUACCGCCUACUUGACCCCACAGGCGGCAGCGGCAACUCGCCGUUUGGCCGGAGCUCUGCCCUCCGCCGGUCGCAUUAGCAUUGGAAAGAGUCCCAUGUUAGCGAUUAACAAGGGCCUACGAAGGUACUCACCGCUGGCUGGCGAUCUAUUGGCCAAUUCGAUCUUGCCGGGAAACGCCAUGACUGGAUCGGGAUGGUGCAUAUUCGUCUAUAACCUGGCCCCGGAGACCGAGGAGAACGUGCUGUGGCAGCUAUUCGGACCAUUCGGUGCCGUUCAGUCGGUGAAGGUGAUCCGUGAUCUGCAGACCAGCAAGUGCAAGGGAUUCGGAUUCGUGACCAUGACCAACUACGAUGAGGCAGUGGUGGCCAUCCAGUCGCUGAAUGGAUAUACCCUGGGCAAUCGGGUGCUGCAGGUCAGCUUUAAGACUAACAAGACCAAAACCACUUAGGCUAACCAGCCAAUCUGGACUAGACCUUUCCAAUACUCCACGAUCUGUUUGAUUUAACAACACCUAGACUAUAGAUUGAUCUGAUCUUAUAAGAUAUGAUGAUGAUAUGAUGUGACAAAGACAGUGUAGUCGAAAUUGCGAAAUUUAGCGCGAGUUUAUGAUAUGUCUAUCAUUUAAUUUGUACGCUAAACGAAAUUAUUAUGAUUAUAAUUCUAAUGAAAUCUUAGUGAAAAUUGAUUUAUUUCCAUCUCUAUAAUUUAAUUUUAUUAACUAAUCCAAGAAACGAAAAAAUACCAAAAAAAAAAACAACAAACAAACAAACAAAGCUUGAAUGAGGCAACCAAAAAACACAAAACAGAAACUAAGGAAAACUUUAGACAAAAAGGAAAUGAGCCAGACGACAACUGUCUAUAAAUUGACAAAUGAGAAAAUAUGAGAAGGUAAUAGG